GGAGGGGGAGUGUAUAUUUCUGAUAAAAUUGUCAAUGAGCAUAAAUAGGUAAUAAUAAUAAAAAACAAUGAUGGUAGGCUUGAUGAACCGAAUGUACAAAUAGUUAAAUAUUUUGUUAUUUUAUGUAAUUGAUGAUUGUGUUACCAUGUUUAUACACCAUCAGGCAGUUCUACACAAAGGUAGCACCACACUCACACUCGCUGGAAGGAGGAUUUGGUCCCCUGCAGCACGUUUCUCACCAACCAGUGGACAAUAUUCUGCACAUUGUCAUAAAGAGACACAAAAUAAGCAUGAAGAACAAGUACAAAAACUUUUGUGAUGGAAUAAAAACAGAAAAUAAUAAAACCCUUCUAAACAAAAUAUACACACAGCUCUAUAUCAUAGAGGGAGAGAGUGAAGGGGUGAAUGAAGAACAUGAGGUUUUACAGAUGGAGAAAACACUCAAGACACACAGACAAGAUACUGUAAUUAACUGCUCAGACAUCUUUAAAUCUCUACAAGAUCAGAAAGUUCUCAAAUACAAAGAAAUAGAAGAGAAUAAAGGACCGAAUCUCAGAAAUGUACUGACUAAAGGUAUUGCUGGAAUUGGAAAAACUGUCUCUGUGCAGAAAUUCAUUCUGGACUGGGCAGAGGGUAAAGCCAAUCAGGAUGUAGAUUUUAUGUUUGUAUUUCCGUUCCGGGAGCUGAACUUGAUUGAAGACCAUCAAUUCAGUCUUCAUGGACUUCUGUGUGACUUCCAUCCUGAGAUUAAAGACCUGGAUCCAAAGAUCUAUAGUGAGCACAAAGUUGUGUUCAUAUUUGAUGGCCUGGAUGAAAACAGAAUUCCACUGAACUUUUCACAGUGUGAGAAAGUAUCUGACAUCACCCGGACCACAUCACUGGGUGUGUUGAUGACAAAUCUCAUAAAAGGAGAGCUGCUUCCGUCUGCUCGAUUCUGGAUAACCUGUCGACCAGCAGCAGCCAAUCAGAUCCCUUCUAAAUACAUCAACCGUGUGACAGAAAUCCAGGGAUUCAAUGACCCACAAAAGGAGGAAUACUUCAGAAAGAGAAUCAGUGACCAAGGCCAAGCCCAAAAAGUCAUCUCCCACAUUAAGACAGCGAGGAGCCUCCACAUCAUGUGCCACAUUCCUGUCUUCUGCUGGAUCACAGCCACUGUGCUUCAGAGAAUCAUCAACCAACAUCACACAGAAAUCCCUAAAACACUGACUGAAAUGUAUUCCCACUUCCUGAUCACUCAAACCAACAUUAAGAACAAGAAAUAUGAGGAGGAAGAUGAGAAAGACCCAGAGAAACUGCUGGAAUCUAACAGAACCGAUCUUCUGAAACUGUCUGAACUGGCUUUUAAACAGCUGAUGAAGGGCAAUGUGAUGUUCUAUGACGAAGAUUUGAGAGAGAGCACCAUUGACAUCACACUGGCCUCAAUGUAUUCUGGGGUUUUCACUGAGAUCUUUAGGGAGGAAUCUGUGAUUUACCAGAGGAAGGUCUACUGCUUUGUUCAUCUGAGCUUUCAGGAGUUCCUGGCUGCUGUUUAUGUGAUUCACUGCUAUGAAAGAAAGAACAUGGAUAAACUGCAGUGUUUUAUACCAUGGUACAAAAAGUGGUCUGAGAAUAUUUCGAUGGAUGAUCUGCUGAAGGAAGCUGUGAAUAAAGCUGUAGAGUGUCAGACUGGACAGCUAGAUCUUUUCCUCCGUUUCCUGCUGGGCAUCUCACUGGAUUGUAAUCAGAGACUCCUACAGGGCCUACUGAUACCCACACACACACAAUCAGAGAAAACCUCAAAGUACAUCAAGAGCUUAAUCAAAGGAGAUGAGAGGUUUCUUUCUACUGAGAGAUCCAUCAAUCUGUUCCUCUGUCUGUCUGAAAUGAAGGACCAGUCUCUCUCCAGAGAGAUUCAGGAGUAUCUAAAAUCAGAGAAACACUCAGAAGUGAAGCUCUCUCUUGGACAGUGUUCAGCACUAGCCUGCAUGCUUCUGACCUCAGAGGAGGUUCUGGAGGAGCUGGACCUGAAACAAUACAACACAUCAGAGGAGGGCUACAGGAGACUAAUACCAGCUGUGACUGUCUGCAGAAGAGCUGUACUUUCUGGCUGUGAUCUCACCAAAGACUCCUGUAAAGUUCUAUGCUCUGCUCUACAAUCAAUAAACUCCUCCCUGAAAGAGCUGGACCUCAGUAAAAAUGACCUUCAGUGUUCAAGAGUGGAGCUGUUCUCUGCUGGACUGAGGAGUUCACACUGUAAACUGGAGACACUCAGGCUAGCUAUGUGUAAACUUGCGAGAAACUCUUGUAAAAAUCUGGAAUCUGUUCUACAACAAGUAAACUCCUCCCUGAAAGAGCUGGACCUCAGUAAUAAUGACCUGCUUGACUCAGGAGUGGAGCUGCUCUCUGCUGGACUAAAGAGUUCACACUGUAAACUGGAGACACUAAGAUUAUCUGGGUGUAUGGUUACAGAAGAAGGAUGUUCUUCUCUGGCUUUAGCUCUGAAAUUAAACCCCUCCCACCUGAGAGAACUGGAUCUGACCUAUAAUCACCUAGGAGAGUCUGGAGUGAAGCUUCUUUCUGAUCUACAGAAGGAUCCACACUGUAAACUGGAGAAACUGCUGGCAGAGCAUGGAGGAAAAAACAGGAUGAAACCAGGACUUAAAAAAUAUGCCUGUAAGCUCACUCUGGAUCCAAACACAGCCCACACUCACCUCUCUCUGUCCGAGGGGGAAAGAAAGGUGGAGAGGCCUCAGGUUCUGAGUGUGGAGAGUCUGACUGGACGCUGUUACUGGGAGGCUGAGUGGAGCGGGGUGAGGGUUGAUAUAUCCGUAUCUUACAGAGGAAUUGGAAACGAUGAUGACACUCAGACUGGAUCCAAUAACCAGUCCUGGAGUUUGCAGCACUUUAAUAACAGUUACACUGUUUUUCACAAUGACAAGAUAAUCUAUGAUCUUCCCUACUCACCCCAGUCUGGCAGAGUGGGAGUGUAUCUGGACUGGCCGGCCGGAACUCUGUCCUUUUACAGCAUCUCACCUUACACACACACACUUACUCACAUACACACUCUGCUCACCACAUUCACUGAGCCUCUCUACGCAGGGUUUAGGAUUUAUUCUGACUCCUCAGUGUGGUUAACAUAGAAUGGCAUCUACACAGGAUCUGGACUAAUGACGUGUGUGUGCAUGUCUAAUUUUGUGUUUUAUCAAUAUAAUUGUAUUGUAAAAUGUUGGUAUAAAUAAAA